AUGCCCAGCCUGUUCAGCGCCCUCCGUCUGGGGCUUAUCUGCACCCUCUUCCUGUGGAUACUAGGCCCGGUUGACGCCGGGGGCUCAGGAUACUGGAAAAUUUGUAAAGUCUGCGAGAGAGACAACCCACAUAUCAAAUCGCGAGGCCUCAAGUUCACGAAGGAAACUAUAACAAAGACUUGCGGACAGCUCCACGAGCCUGAAGUCGAUUGCACUGGCGAAAUCUCUGUCAAAGUAUACUUCUGCCCUCAGUGCGAAACAACCGCAUGGAUCCCCCAAGGCUUGUGUAGAACCAACCACCCUGGCCAAUUGCCUCCUGAACGGUUCUUCGAGAAGGCAAAACCAGCGGAAUCAGCGGGAUCAAGUGCACCUUGA